CCCCGGCGUGCCGGAUCUCUAUAAGCAAAGCGGGAGCCUUCUCCCCCACCGCGCUUCGCGAGCUGGCGUCGAUACCAGACCGAGAGCAAAGCAAACAGCGGCGUCGCAAGCGCGGAGGAGGAGGAGGAGGAGAGAGGUUCUCGGAGCAGAGGCGAUGGCGAGGUUCGACCCGUACGAGAACAACGGCGGCACGUGCGUGGCCGUCGCCGGCGCCGGCUACUGCGUGGUCGCCGCCGACACCCGCCUCUCCAUCGGAUACAGCGUCCUGUCCCGCGACCACUCCAAGAUCGCCCAACUGGCGGACAAAUGUGUUCUGGCUUCAUCUGGCUUCCAAGGUGAUAUCAAAGCUUUGCAGAAGAAUCUGGCUGCCAAGGAAUUGCUCUACGAGCACAACCAUAACAAGAAGAUGAGCUGCCCUGCUAUGGCGCAACUGCUGUCAAACACGCUCUACUAUAAGAGAUUCUUCCCAUACUAUGCUUUCAAUGUGUUGGGUGGACUGGACAGCCAGGGUAAAGGCUGUGUCUUCACAUACGAUGCUGUUGGGUCUUACGAGAGAACAGGUUAUAGUGCUCAAGGAACAGGGGCAGUGUUGAUGAUGCCUGUUCUAGAUAACCAGUUGAAAUCACCUAGUCCUCUACUACUGCCAGCUCGGGAUGCAGUGACACCAUUGUCUGAAUCAGAUGCGGUUGAUCUAGUGAAGGACGUUUUUGCAUCAGCCACAGAACGAGACAUAUACACUGGAGAUAGAUUGGAAAUAGUAGUCAUCAACAGCUCCGGCACCCACCGGGAGUACAUUGAGCUAAGGAAGGAUUAGUGCGGUAUACCUGUGAAGCGGCAGCACUACCAUUGCUACCAUAUGCCACCACCAGAAGCACAAUGAUAUUUGUUUUCACUGUCAGAUGUAUUUGAAUUUCCGUACUAUUUAUUCUUACAAGAAGUGAUUAUACAGGACAUUGUCAUUCAUCAUUGUAUCCGAUAUACUUAGAACACAUGCUCUGGAA